AUGAGUGCAACCACUGCUCAAAAUGAUAGCCAAGUAAGCUUGCUGGAUCUUGCUUCCAACAUUAUGAAGCAGACAGCAAAGAUCACAGCCUACCUUGAAGCGAACAAUCUGCCUGAGCCCACAUUUGACCAGGAUGCUCCCGCUCCUCCAGCGACUUCUGAGUAUCGAACGAUACACAGAAGCCUUGUAGCCUCGCUUGAUGAGCUCCGUCGCCUGACAGACGGGCCUUACCCAACACUGCGGUCUUUCAUAUGUCAAGGAAAUGAUCUAGCCGCUUUCCACAUCGCCUUCGAAUUUGAGUUCUUCAACAUCGUCCCUCUGGACUCCGGCAUGGAGCUGACUGAGCUUGCCGAAAAGGCAGGACUUGAUGUCGAUCGCACAGGGCGCGUUAUGCGCAUGCUAGCCACACAUCAUGUUUUCAAGGAACCAAGGCCAGGCUACUUUGUUCACACCUCGCUCUCCUCCCUCUACCAGAGGAGUCCGGAUUCCUAUGCUGCUGGUCACUAUAGCGUGGACGAAAUGCUGAAGGCAGCAACGGGCGCCGCGGCUGCGCUUAAGGCUGCGCCGUUUGAGUCUGAUAGCGAGCACUGUGGCUUCAACACUGCAAACGGCUUGCCCAUGUUUCAGUUCUACGCCAAGAAUCCUGGGCAUGCAAAGAGAUUCGCCAAGGCCAUGGCCGGUGCUACAUCGGUGGACCGGCAGAUUUCCGAGUUGCGCGACUCAUAUGAUUGGAAUACUCUGAAGGGAACCGUCGUUGAUGUCGGUGGUGGCAGCGGACAUGUUUCGGUUUCUCUGGCUCAGAAUUUUCCGCACUUGAAUUUCGUGGUCCAAGACAACUCCCAGGAUAUGCUCGACGCGGCCAAGCACGUUUCCACCAGCCCCGAUGUGGCUGAGCGAAUCUCGUAUAUGAAGCACGACUUCUUCGAGGCUCAGCCUGUGAAGAACGCGGCGGCAUUUUUCAUGCGCCAGUGCACCCACAACUGGUGCGACCGAGAUGUCGUUCGCAUUUUCAAGGGAAUCGUUCCAGGUCUUGAGGCGUCUGGUCCCGGCGUCCCUUUUCUGAUAAAUGACACCAUCAUCCCGGAGCCGGGGUCUAUCCCUCUUCAUGAAGAGCGAGCGCUUAGGCAGAUGGAUCUGCUUAUGAUGAUUGGACUGGGUGCAAAGCAAAGAACCAGGGCUGAAUUCGCCGCGCUAUUGAAAGAGGCUGACCAAAGAUACGAGAUUAUCAAUGCAUACGCAGAAGGCAGCAGUAUGGGAUUACUCGAGGUACAGCUCAAAGCUAAUUAG